UCUGAUCCUCCUUCAUCUGGACAAGAGUGGCAUGGUUAGAAAAACUAAUUUGUUUAUGAGUGUGCUGUCUUUGACUGUCGUAGGGUUUCAGGUGUUCUGCUGCCUCCUUGUUUGCAACAAAUAUGGAUCAAGUGACGCCAACCAUGGAUUACUGGAUAUUUGAGGACUAUGACAAUUACACCAUGCCCUCUGAAAUGAGCAGCAGUAGUGCAGAGCCAUGUCCACAGGAGGACAUCUACAGUUUUGCAAAGGCGUACUCCCCUACUGUAUACAUUCUGGUGUUCCUCCUGGCUGUGGUGGGCAACGUCCUGGUGCUGUGUGUGAUCCGACGCUACCGAAACACUCAGAGUGGUGGUGCCUGUGCCUUCUCUCUGACAGACACCUUCCUCCUUCACCUCGCCAUUUCUGACCUGCUGCUGGCCUUCACCCUGCCCCUGUUUGCAGUGCAGUGGGCUCACCAGUGGGUGUUCGGCUUGGCUGCUUGCAAGAUCUCCGGUGCCCUCUUCUCCCUGAACCGCUACAGUGGCAUCCUCUUCUUGGCCUGCAUCAGCUUUGACCGUUACCUGGCCAUCGUUCACGCUGUGAGCUCUGGCUGGAAGCGCAACACCUGCCAUGCCCAGAUUGCGUGUGCCGUCAUCUGGGUGGUCUGCCUGGGCCUGAGUGGAGUGGACAUUACUUUCAAACAGGUAGUGGAGGUGAAGACUAUAGGUCAUCAUAAGACCCUCAUGUGCCAGGUGUGGUUUGUUGAGAACUCCAGACAGUGGCAGGCCGGGCUGCGGCUGAUCAGUGUGGUUCUGGGUUUUGGGCUCCCCCUGCUGAUCAUGCUCUACUGCUACAUCCGCAUCUUCAAGUCUCUUUGCAAUGCCACUCGUCGCCAAAGGCGCAAGUCUCUUCGCCUCAUCAUCUCAUUAGUGUCUGUGUUUGUCAUCUGCUGGGCACCGUAUAACUCCUUUCAGCUGGCAGAUAGUCUGCACUGGCUAGGAGUGUUGACUGCAGGUUGCCAGUUUGGUCGUGUGAUGGACAUUGGGACUCUGAUUACUGAAAGCGUGGGGCUGUCACACUGCGCCCUGAACCCUCUGUUGUACGGCUUUGUGGGGGUAAAGUUCAGAAGGGAGCUUGCCAAAAUGUGUAAGGGGCUUCUUGGACAGAGAGGCUGGCAGGGGAUGGAGGGAUGGAGGGAGAGGAGGAACAAAAGAACCACAGGAUCGUUCAGUUCUGCAGAAAGCGAAAACACCUCUUAUUCUGUCAUGGUGAAGAUGGACGGGAACCUUGAGCUCGGUGGAAUAUUUGUCCUGAACACCACUUUUGACUACUCGGAUUAUGAGUACAAAGAUGAUUCUGAGUCAAAAGAAACUGCACUGGUGUCGAUCCCGGUUCUGUACUCCAUGGUGGUGAUUGUAGGUCUGCUGGUGAAUGGACUACUCCUGUUCGUUUUGGCUCAGAAGAGGCGAUCCUGGAGUAUAUCAGACACCUUUAUGCUCAACCUGAUUGUUGCAGACAUCCUGCUGCUGCUGGUGACGCUGCCCCUCUGGACUGCACAGGCCGUUCAACACUGUGAAUGGUGCUUCAAAGACAUUUUCUGCAAGAUCAGUGGAGCUGUUUUCAAUAUCAACUUCUACUGUGGGAUGUUUCUGCUGGUUCUCAUCUGUCUGGAUUGCUACCUGUCCAUUGUUCACUCCAUCCAGUUUUACUCCUCGGAGAGGCCCAGGUUAGCUCAUAUUAGCUGCCUGUUGGUCUGGAUCAGCUCCCUGAUCCUCUGCGUCCCUGACUAUAUUUUUCUGGUGGCUUGGAAAGAUCCAGAACAAGAGAAAUCCCUGUGUGUUCACAAUUAUUCUCUGUCACCUACUGACUGGCAGCUGCUGUCCCGCCUGCUCCACCACCUCCUGGGCUUCCUGCUGCCUGCAGCCGCUCUGAUUUGCUGCUCUUCUGGUGUCCUGCUACGGCUGCGGCACAGCCCUACAGACCUCCAGAAGAAGAGGUACAUCAUGGUCAUCCUCCCCCUGGUAGUGGUCUUCCUCCUCUGCUGGAUGCCGUACAACAUCACACUCAUUGUGGACACCGUCAGAAGAAGCUCUGAGAAACUUAAUGAUGGUUUAUCUACUGUAGGUUCCCUAAAGACACCUCUAAUAGUCACAUCUGCUCUGGGCUGCACUCAUGCAUUCCUCAGGCCUCUGCUCUGUCUUUUCCUGGCGAUGCGGAGACGUGCUACAGAUGACAGCUCGCUGUGGGAGAUGGGUGUGGGAGAGAAAGUUCUGCCUGACCAGGGUCCAGUACAGGAAGAACUGAAGGAACUAAAUGUCGAGCAUCAAAAGCAGUCAAGUCAGUGAUGAAGAGGAGAGAGAAAUGCCCUCUUGUGACUCAGAAGUGACCAAACAAUGCUUCAGACUUAAGGGGAAUUUAAUGUGAAGUCAUGUCAUGAGUUCAAGGGGUGGAGGACUAUAUUCUGUCUAAUAAGGAGAAGUAGAUAUUUUUAAAAGAUUGACACCCUCACAUUGCACUUCAAUGUGAAGGUUUCAGAGCCACGUCAUAUGACAUAUAAUGUACUUUUAUUUUGUUAUCACUGUUGCACAACUUAAGCUUUUUACCCUAAAUCAUGAGUUGUUGUUUUUUUUACUCAAUUGUAGAAAUCUGUAUUUUUUUAUUGUGUAUUAUAUGUACUAAAUAUUAGUACUGAAAUCAAAUUUUUUUUAUCAUUAUUUUAUAUGUAUUUAAAAAAGUCAGUGAACAGGUUUCACCUGUUGCACAAUCUUCAAUCAUAAAGCUAAUGUCAUAAUGUUUGAAAGUGAUAGAAACAUAAGCUGUUAUCCUUGUUGAUGUUAUUGUGAUCCAACAUUAAACAGUCCUACAGUUUAUAACUUUAUAGCUAAUAACAUGCUACAAACUGUUUUAACUUUUCAUUUUUUUACAUGUUGUCUUCAGGCAGUAAAGAUGUCUCUAUAUGACCACAGUGAUGGAAUUCCCCCAUGGCAAAUCCAACAGCCUUUUUUAUCUUUCACUUCAUUGUUGCAACAUGCAGACUGUAGGACACAGCAUGACACAAACAGGUGCUGAUGUCACCAGUCAGGUGACAGGGGAAUAGGAAGAGGAAGAGCUCUUUGUUGGUGCUGCGGGCUUUUCAUAGCUCUCUGUUUUCUCUCAUAUAAAGACUUCUCUGUCUGUUCAAACAGAGACCAGUGUGCCUCUAAUGCACACAGCUAUCAUCGCUGUAAAAAAAAGAGUGUAGGAGGCAAACAGAGGAAAGAAGAGUACUUAGGGAGGACAACAUCUUAUUUUAUUAUAAGAUAUACAUGUUUGUGUCGAGCACAAAAUCUGUGUUAUCACUUUGAAGCUUUUAUGCAGGUUUCGGCCUGUCAGUCAAACCUGAUUUCUGGGCUCAAGGCAAAAUCAUAAUGUUAGAAACAAACAGGAUACCAGCGCUCACAGAUAAAUAGCUUCUUGUUUAUUAUGUUUCAGCUACGAGCAUGGGUGGUGAUUAUAUAGUUAUGAAAACAUAGUUAACCACAUGAUGUUCCAUCUCUACCAAUCAAUCCUCCUACAUGUUACACACUUAAUUAAUUUAAUUAAUAUAAAUGUUACCUCAAAUAAAGUGUAUUUUCACAAAUUGUAUUCUUUAAGAAACUCAGCUUACAGUCAUUUCACACAAGAAGAAAGACUUUUUUUCCUCCUUUCAAGCUACAGUUUACCUUCCUCUUUCCGUCUUAACCAGAAAAGUGUUCAAUUAGAACAGAAGACUUGUGGUCUAAUCUGAGAAAUGCUGGUUGACUGUAGCAGCAGCAACACGUCAAGUUUAUAGUAUUACUGGUUAUAAUUAGUCUUCAGUAUUGCAUCAAAUUAAACUCUUGUUUCCUGCAUCUGCUAGAGCUUAUCUGUUAACUGUAAUAGAUUCACUCUGCUUAUCAGUACUUUCCUUUAAUGAAAACUAAACCUGUUAUGAGUACAAACACAGACUUUGUUUCGUGUCAACACAACAAGAAAGGGAAUUGAUUCCAGGCAAGAAAACAGGCACACUAAAAAUUAAAACAGAAAACAGUUUUAUUCUGACUAUAUGAUUAAAAACAAAACCAGCGCAUGUUGACCACACACCACACCAAGUUUAACGUCUUUGAAUGAGCCUGGUACAUCAGUGGUGGUACGUUGUGGUGCUGCAUAUUGGUUGAUCUGAAGAAGUUGCAACAUUUCUCAAUGCUUUCUGCUGCUCUUGUUUCUUUUCUGCUAAAACCACGUGUCUGAGGAUGUGUGGCUUUUUUUUUUGUCACUUUGUUUCAAUUUCCUGUCUAAAAGAUGUAAGGUAUUUCCACUGAAACCCUUACAUGUGGGUUUGCAUUUUAAGAUUUUGUUCUCUACGUGUUAUUGCCAGAAUCUAACUAUACCAUAAACAUAUAUAACAUUUUAGAAAGUGCUACACACCAAAAGUUAUAUAUUAAAAUGCAGAUGCAGAAGGAAGAACGAAAUUAGAAAGGGACAUUGCACAAUCUAACUUCUCAUAAAGUAAAAUUGUGAGACUUUGUCCUUUUCUCUGUCUACCAUCUGAGCUGCAACGUGCAUUACAAUGUAUUCAGACUGUAUUUAUAACUGUAUAACUGGGCUUUAUAGGAACAUUUUGAUAAGAGUCUGUUCAAUAAAGAUUACAAAUCAAAAAA